ACUCAGAAAUCCCUUUAAAUGAAACCCAAUCACUAUCUCUCCUCACUACUCUCUCUCUCUAAAACCCUGUUCUCUCUCUCUCUAUCUCCCUCUCUCUAUCUGUCCCUCUCUCCAACUACUAUUCAUGGGUUCUGAUAAGAAGAUCAAGAUCGGAAUCAAUGGAUUCGGAAGGAUCGGUCGUUUAGUUGCCAGAGUUGCUCUCCAGAGAAACGAUGUUGAACUGGUUGCUGUUAACGAUCCAUUCAUCACCACUGAUUACAUGACAUACAUGUUCAAGUACGACAGUGUUCAUGGACAAUGGAAGCAUCAUGAUGUCAAGGUCAAGGACUCAAAAACCCUUCUCUUUGGCGAGAAACAAGUCGCUGUUUUCGGAGUCAGGAACCCUGAUGAAAUCCCAUGGGGCGAAGCCGGAGCCGAUUUCAUUGUGGAGUCUACUGGAGUUUUCACUGAUAAGGAAAAGGCUGCUGCCCACUUGAAGGGUGGGGCAAAGAAGGUGAUCAUUUCUGCCCCAAGCAAGGAUGCCCCUAUGUUCGUUGUGGGUGUUAAUGAGAAUGAAUACACAUCCGAUCUUGACAUUGUCUCCAAUGCUAGCUGCACCACCAACUGCCUUGCUCCUCUGGCCAAGGUUAUUAAUGAUAGGUUUGGCAUUGUUGAGGGUCUUAUGAGCGCUGUUCACGCCAUUACCGCCACCCAAAAGACUGUUGACGGGCCCUCAAGCAAGGACUGGAGAGGUGGAAGAGCUGCUUCCUUUAACAUUAUUCCCAGCAGCACUGGAGCUGCCAAGGCAGUUGGAAAAGUUUUGCCAUCAUUGAAUGGUAAGCUGACCGGAAUGUCCUUCAGAGUUCCAACUGUGGAUGUUUCAGUUGUGGACCUCACUGUGAGACUUGAGAAGGCGGCUACAUACCAGCAAAUCAAAGAUGCUAUCAAGGAGGAAUCUGAGGGCAAACUCAAGGGUAUUUUGGGGUUCACCGAAGAUGAUGUGGUCUCCACUGACUUCAUAGGUGACAGCAGGUCAAGCAUCUUUGAUGCCAAGGCUGGGAUUGCUUUGAAUGACUAUUUUGUGAAACUUGUCGCUUGGUACGACAACGAAUGGGGUUACAGUUCACGCGUGGUUGACUUGAUCGUUCACAUGGCCUCUGUUGCUGAAUGCUAAUCCUAUAAGAAGAUACAGGGCGCCUUUUGUUUUUUUUCUUGGAGUUUUUAGGUAUCUGAGGUUUUAGUUUGGAAUAAAUUUGUAACCCUUAUAUUAUGGUGUGAUUUCUGUAUCUGAUGCCAUGGAAUUCUGGCCUUGUUUUGGUGGUUUACUUGUCUGAGUGUUUGGGUUAUCCCUGUUUCUUCUUGCGCCCAGAGGAAAAUUAGUGGAAAAUUUUCAAAUAUAUGAUAAUUUGGCUUAAUAUAUUGAAGUGUUUUUACUUAUAA